AUGAUCAUGAACACCGAGCGACCCGAGGCGUGGCAGCGCUUGCCGUGCACGUCUUGCCAGCGCAGCUACAAGUUCUACUGUCCUAAGUGCAAUAUAGCAGUGGGUGUUCCAGAUGACGUUGCUGUUCCUUCUCUUACGCUGCCGCUGCAGGUGCACGUGUGGUUCCACGACAAAAUCAAGAAGAGUACGGCACCCCACGCCAAGGUGCUGGCUCCACAGGACGUGGAGAUCCUUCCAUAUCCGCUACUGGAAGAUAGAGCUGAUCAACUACAGUAUACGCGCGAAAAUGCUGUGGUCGUGUAUCCAUCUUAUGCGGCCGAGACGCUGGAUGAGAUGAGUACCGAGGAGCUCCAAGCCAUUCAUACGCUCAUCUUUAUUGAUUGUCCGUGGCAGAAAGCACCGGUGAUUAUGACAGACCAUGCAAUUGCGCAUUUGCGACAUGUCAAGCUUGCUCGACCACCUCACGAAAGCAACUUUUGGCGCUAUCACAAAGCGGGGGCAGGUUGUGUCUCUACGAUUGAAGCAAUUUAUCUCAUGCUAGAAGAGUACACUGCAGCAGCAAAGAAGAGGUCGGUGUCCUUGCGAGAGGGCUCGGAUACUACGCGUUUGUCGGACCUGCUCUUCUUUUUCAAGCUGCAAUUCACACGCAUUGUCGAGCACUGUGAAAGCAAAACAGACAUUGAGCGUAAGCCACCGAUGGACGCCGACGAGAAGGAGCGUCGUCGCCUGAUGUACAGUCAGAAAGAACAAGGCAAGAAACGGCGGCUUGAGAACAAGCUGCAGGCGUGGCACGCACGUUCGCUCGCGAUACAAUCAGGCAAACGUCCGCCAGCCACGAUGCAAAGCAAGCGCCAUCGCCGGUGCUACAACUGCAAGAAGGACGACCACCACUCGAAAGACUGUCCUCAACCGUGUCGUUACUGCAAGCAGCUCGGCCAUUUUAGCGCCGAUUGUAGUAUGAAACAAGCAGCAUACGAGCGCGAGAUGAAGUUCCAACAAACGCCACGCACAAGAGCGUUGUAG